UCUGUCUCUCCCUCGCUCUCUUCUUCUCUCCGUCUUGUUCUUCAGGGGACCAUCCUCAGAGACAUCACAUUCUGAUUCAGAGGACAAGAUGGAUUCCCGCUUGGUGUUUCACCUCACAUGUGUAACCCUGCUCACACUCUGGUGCAGCGGCUGUCAUGCCUCUCCCCUCCUCUACAACAUAUCCAUGGAAGGCAGCGGUGAUGAGGGCGAGCUGGAGCUCCUUUUCCCAACCUCUUUCUCCACCCGAGCACCUGUCCACGUCACCUCCACGACCGGCGCUCCCACACUCACCAACAGCAUCACCACCACCAUGAUCCGCCUGAAGGACUUCGUCCUCAGCCGAGUGGUGGACUUCCUGCAGGACAAUCUGCUCAUCAUUAUUGUGGUGACGUCUCUCCUCAUCGUCAUGGUCUUCAUCAUCUGCUGCGCCUCUGCCAUGAGUCACAAGCGCAAGUUGGAGGCCUACAAGCCCCCCACUCAUCCACCAAGGAAGUAUAUGGCAGACAAGCCUUCGGGGGCCAAGAACUCAAGCGACUUCCAGGACAGGCCGUACGCCGUUGACCACGUCAAGAGGAUCCAGACUCAGAGCAUGGCCUCCCCCAAGAACCUGCGCAUGCCAUCUAAAGCACUGGUGGGAGAGAAGGGCAGAGACGUCAAGUCAUCACCUCGCCAGGAGGUCAGGAAAGUCAGAGAAGCAGUGGAGGUGGAGAAGAGGAGAGAGGAGCCCAAGGCUAAGGAGCAGACAAAGCAGAGAGAGGAGCCCCAGCAGAGCACCAGCUCCAGUCAGCCUGUGUGCACCUGCCACCUGAAAAAGGGUGCCCACUAG